AUGACACUAUACGAGGGUAUCGCGUUAAUUCAAGAGAAGCAAGCUGUUGUUCUGGAUUUGGGUACCGAUUACACGAAAUUUGGUUUUACUGGCGAGGCUGCUCCGCGAUGUAUUAUUCCAUCACAGUUCUGGUGCACCAAAGACAGGCGUUACAAGCGCGUACACCAUUACAACUCUACGGAAGAGCUCUAUGAAAACCUCGUGCAGAUGUUACAUUUACUUUACUUUCGACAUGUCUUAGUAAAUCCUAAAGAGCGGAAAGUGGUGGUGGUGGAAUCAUUGCUGACUACUACACAAUUUCGAGAGACACUUGCUAAAGUGCUCUUCAUGCAUUAUGAGGUCUCAGGUGUGACCUGGUGGGACAGCGCUCGGGCCUGCGCAGCCACUCUUGGCACACCAAUAGUGCUAGUCGUUAAUAUUGGAGCCAAGGAGGCUGAAGUUGUCGCAGUGGUGCAUGGAGUCCCUGUAGUUCAUGCAAUACAGAGCGAGCCCCUUGGAGCGCAGACGCUGCAUGACAAUCUUGCGCGGAUGCUGGAUGAAGACAACAACGCCCAGCUCAAUCUUGAGCCCUCUGUCAUAGAGGAUAUCAAAGUUCGCACAUGUUUCGUACCUGGACGUCAACUAGUGGCGCAGCUGGGUGGGCAGUGCAGUUCCGUGCGAAGCGUGCAAUAUCCGAGGGCGAGCGGCGCGCUUACGGUGUCAGGGCGAGCACGUGCCCUCGCCGCGGAACCGCUCUUCGAUCGCGACAGAGAGCAAGCCUCACUGCCAGACGCGGUUCUUCGCUGUAUCCGUUCGUGCCCGAUAGACACGAGACGCGCGCUUGCUGAGAACGUGCUGGUCACAGGCGGAGGUGCCGCCCUGCCUGGCCUGAAGGCGAGGCUUGCGUGCGAGUUGCGUCAUCUGGUCUCGCAGGAUCCCUACAAGGAUUCUCUCCACGUAGCAAAGUUCAAGUUUCACUCUUCCCCCUGUGAGGACAAUGUGUGUGCGUGGGUAGGGGGCGCGCUUUGUGGUGCGGCUGACUGGGGAGUGCGAGCUGCCCCUCGAGACCAGUAUCUACGUGAGCCCCGACUGCGUGAUUGGGCCUGUCUCCUGCACAACACACCGCCUGACCACCAUCAUCACUGCCCUUAA